AUGAGGUCCACGAUUAUUGUGCUGUUUUUGUGCGGUGGCAUCGCCUCAGUUCAUGGGAAUUGCACCCAUUUUGUGGAGAACUCCUUGGAAAAUCGAAUUCUAUCGAGACGGGUGAGGGGUUUGGUAUUUCCAGACAAGGCUUCUCUUCUUUUGACUGCCGCCCUAACCAAAAUUAUUGUGGGCGGAAGACCCAGUGGCCUUCAGUACAGCCUUGAGUUUGAUAUGUACGUCCCACUCCCCGACACCAUCGAGGGCUGGCAACCUAAAAUUUUGAAGAGAUUAACGCCGAAGCCCAUGCCUAAACGCCGAUAUGAUUGGGAGUAUUACAAAAAACCGGCAGCCUAUUAUCCGUACUAUUCCAUACCAUAUAAAAAUGCUUACUACGCUGGGCCCGAAAUAAAUAAUAUACUUUAUCCAAAAUCCAGUCCCGCUUUUGGUAGAAAAUCAUUUUACCAAACUCCUUGGCAAAUAUCACCUAUAAAUCUGAACAAUUUCUAUCAAGGCAAGAAUGAGAUUUAUAAAGCUGGUUCAUUAAAUAGAGAUUCAUUCUAUCAAACCCCUUGGAGCUUAUCUGCAACCACCAAUCGAAAAAAAUCGUAUCACCCCGAUGAAGAGAUCUAUGAGUCCUUGUCUCAAGUGCCCCGUUGGAAAUUAAAUCGUGGAUAUAGAGAGCGUAGAGAUAUAUUCGAUCAGUUCGAGGCCAUGGGCAAAGUUUUCCAGUUAGAUCUAAGGUCCUGCAUUAAGAGAGCCAUGUGCGAACUUAGAGCCAAGCUGAAUGCCGGUCAUGACCAGGGUUUCCUAAUGGAGGAUCUAAUGCGAAUUGUGCUGACAGUCCCCGAAGAAAUUGGCGACGAUAAAUAUAAGCAUCGCAUGGAUGUUAAGGAUUGCGCCCGAUUUUACUCUCCAAGUUGUCCCUAUAAUGUUUUGGACUUUCUCACCCAAAGUAGUACAAAAAUGUGA